UAGGUUCGAUAUCUGAUGGUGGAGUGUGGUUGCACAGUGACUUUGGUUCUAGCUUAGAGCAAGGAUUAAUUGAUUUGCCACAUCCAGAGCCAUUGUUAGGGACAAAUAUUCCCUACCCAUUUGCUUUUGUUAGCGAUGAAGCUUUUCCACUCAAAACUUAUUUAAUGCGGCCCUAUGCAAAGUCAAAGAGACUUCGACGUCAGCAACAAAUUCCAGCAGCACAAGUACGAGCAAUGUUUGAAGCAAAUAAUAAUGAAAAUGUAGAAAAUGAUAAUAUACAAGAUGAUAAUGGAAGGAAUAAUGAAUAUUUGGACGCUGUACCUGGUCUUACGAUACCACAGAGAAUUUUUAAUUAUCGGCUGUCUAGAGCUCGUAGAGUAAUUGAGAACGCUUUCGGUAUACUUGUUUCAAAAUGGGCUGUUUUAAAAGAUUCUAUAUGCUGUAAACCAGAAACUGCCGAGUCCAUUGUUAUGGCCCUCAUUUGUCUGCACAAUUUUCUUCUGGAAAGCGAAAAAAAUACAUUACCUGCCACGCGUAUGUAUCAAAAUUCAGGACUUGUUGAUGGAUAUGGGCCAAAUGGUGAGCUACAAAAUGGAGAGUGGAGAGCUCAAGUGCCACAACAUAGCAUGAUGGAACGAGCUGGCAGACUUGGAGCAAAUAAUCCUACCCGGGCAGCCAUUAUUCAAAGAGAUAAAUUAAGAGACUAUUUUCUUACUGAAGAGGGUGAGAUUUUGUGGCAAUAUCGUCAUGUACUAGGAAAUAUACCAAUUAUUAUAAAUCCGAUGUAAACAUUUUUGUACACUCGAAAUAUACACAGUAAAAUAUAUAUAGUGCGGAGGAAUAUGUUGCAUUUCUUAUAUCCCGAAGUUCUGAUGGAAGCUGCAGGCGUAAAGAUCGCAACGUCUCUGCCUAAAGAGAAAGAAGAUGUGAAUUUACUUCUACCGGAAAAGAUAUUCAUUCGGCUCAAAUAUUUAUUUGAAUGUAUAAAGUUUUCCAUAUACUUCAGCCAAUACACAAUCAAUUACAAUUCGAUGUUAUCAAGGUUGGCAGACGUUACUUUUCCAUUACUUUUUAUAAUAAA